UCACCGCUACUGCAGACAAGAAAAGAAAGAGAGAAAGCCAGCGCGAGAGAAGAGGAGGAGGGCCGCUGUCUCGCGCCGUCACUGUCACGCCUUGUUGUCGCAGCUAUGGAGACCGCCACCGUUGUUGGAAUCGCUAACUGAGGAGAAAGGGAGAGCGACGCUGAGAGAGAUUGACGGAAGCCAGUGAAGCGUGUGAGAGAAGGGGAGCCGAUUUCCGUCACCGCCACCGCACCCAGUCGCCACCGGUGGAGCUCGCUGUCCCUGGAGGUGAAUCGGUGUCGCGUCCUUGCUGCCAGGGCCACCAGCGCUACUGCUACUCCUCAAAUUCGGCCUCCUUUCCUUUGGGGGUUUCUGCCGCAAAUUCCACCCCCAACAUCACCAUCCUUCUUGUAUUCAUCAUUUCUUUGCUUCAUCCAAUAUUUUCGGUAUUAUGGACAUAUCUUUGUUAAAUGUGCUCUCCAAUGGCAUAUCCUCAUUUUUGCAUCCAUCAUUUUCAGAAUUGACCAAAAAAAAGUUGUAUCAAAUUUAACAUGUGCUUGAGGAUGACCCUAGAUAUUGGCAAGUGAUGUCAUCUGCACUCUCAGUUGGUUGGCUUGAUAUUGUGGUGAAAAUGUUGCGGUUGCAUGGAUCUUAUCAACUAGAUCAGCUUAGUAAUCGUGAGUUAGAGAAUGGGCUUGUGGAGGCAGUUGCUGUUCUUAUUUCCAAAAUGCUCCGCCUAUGUCAUGAAUCUACCAAUGGAAAAUUAGGUGAACUCUUUAAAUCCAAGCCUGACUUCAUCAAGGUAAAGUUUGCAAUCCAAUACAUGCGAAGAGCAAUUCAAAAGCUUUUGGGUUGCACUGAAGAAAAUCUAGAAGAAGGGAAAGGGUGCUGCCUAAUUGUUCUAUUCUCAUACUUGGAUUUUGGAUGAGAUGGAAUGAGUCUUAUAAUGACUUUAGUUAUCUACAUGUAAUAUUUUGAUGUCUUGUGUACUUUUUGAAACGAGA